AUGGCGGCGCCGCAGUCGGGUGUUCCAAGAACUUUCGGCGAUCCAAAAAAACCGCGUUAUCGAAAUUACCAUCCUAGAGGGACGGUGAAUAAGAAGGAUCGUGCGAGCGUCCUAAUUUACCUACAGGAUAUUCCGGUGAACGCGACCUUCCCACGUACCGGAGUAUUAAACCGCAUACCUGAAGAACUUCACCAAUACAUAAAUUACGCUCCAAUUGGAUUAGAAUUCCAAGACGGCCGUGUAGCGACGAAUAUCUUUGGUAAUGACGCGGCUCAUGAGUUGCUAGCUGAGUUCGACUCAGUCAUUGAAUUUUCGAAUAACGGUUCACAAUGGAUCCACGAUACACUAACAGAGGCUUUCGGCCGAGAUGCCUUUCGUGGCUUAACCCUCCCAGAAAUGCUGUCGUUGGUUAAAGGGUGGUGUCAUGGAUGGUUUACGGCCCGGAAUCGAUUUAUUGAAUUUGGAAUGAACCAUUGCGUCAGCGUUUGGCAACGUCCUGAGGUUUAUGCAGCAAAUCGGCAAAGAACGGAUAUAGCCAACGAAGUUCUUCAUGCUCCUAACAUCGAGUUUGACGCCGUGUGGGUGUGUGUCCCGAAUGUAAACGUCACUGCGGAAGUUGGUCGGAACACCAGGGGCAUGACAAAUGCGGGUUUCCGAGCUUUAUACCGCUUGAAUAGAAUUGAAGCUAUUGCAAUUAUGCGAAUAGCAAAACAGAAAAGCCGCGAUGGCACGAGCACUAGAUACGGGCGCUUAUUCAGGUGGAUUGUUUAUUUUAUCAAUCAAUAUACGAAAUGGAAGGUCACAGUUUAUGAACAAUACUGCAUGAUGUCCCAGCGGAGUUAUGAUGACCAUGCUGCAAAAAAGAAUUUCCAAACCCAAGAGUGGGACAAGCAUGGUGGCAAGACGAUUGAAGGGUCGACGAACUUACCUCCACGUGGAUUUAGGUUAGGUAGCGGGUUAGCUGGUAGACCGGAACAUAGGGACUUUACAGGAAACACUAUAAUGGAUAUAAACUCUCAAGACUUCACUUACGAAGUCACCACGGUCUUACCAACAACACUCCCUAUAGGCCAAAGACAUCUUAUGCGAGCAGACCCAGCUUGGUGCUUGGAAACCUUGCCAAUCUACGCGUCUCCGAGGCCAAUACCGGUCCCGCGGGCUCCGGCGCAAGCUUUCAACGAUAGUGUAGAUCCAUCAGAUACUUAUGUCGCCGCAGCGAUGGCACAGGUAGUCACACAGUCGGACGACGAGGUAUCUUCCCAGGACUACGACGAGGAGGAGGAGCCCCCCUACAGUAUCGAAAUCCAGGACGGAGUCGGGCAGAAGCGGAGCUUAACCGCGCUCAAGGGCCGGACCGCACGCUUGACUACCUCCGCUCUGCUGCGAAACGCGCUCUGGAGCGCAGGAUCUCUAAAGCGCCCGGCCAGGACGCCGUUGCGCUCGGUAUUUUCCGGCCGAGUGGCCAAGAGGCGAAAGAUCAACGAGCCUAUCGCACCCGCCGCCGCCGAGGAGGAGUAG